AGGAAGUGGAUUUAACCCCAUAGCUCAAAAUAGAUCCAUCUUUUAAUUUUGUACCUGACAAAGUAACUUUCAUUUCACAAUAAGGUGCCAUAAACGCUGUACUUCUAUAGCAAUUUGUCAUACUUCUCCUUUCUUGUUUGCAAACUAACAAAGGCUACUGCAGUGCUUCUAACAUAUUGCUGUGGGUCAGUGUAGGCACAGUGGUGACAGCAGACAUUGUUAUUUAAAAUGAUAGACCAGUCCUUGCUUGUUUUUAAGUAAAAGAGAGACCAUUUCCAUGUUCAUUUUAAUUCUGGAUCGGCAAAACAUAUGUCAGCAGUUUCUUUUCCACAUCAGAACUGAGGACUUGAAUAGCAUUGAAGGAAGAGUAGUCACAGCUUAAAGAGAGGUAAAUUUGAAGUUAAAAAUUAUUUUUAUAUCAUAACCCUUUGACAUCAAAUACAUAUAUCAUCUAGAAAGCAGUUCAUCAGGAUGACGGGGGACAGAUCUUUGUCCGUUGUCAUGAUGAUCCUGGAGUUGUGUAUCAUCCUACUGUAUAUUGGUGGUGGAUGUUCUCAGAGUGGAUCAUCUCCAGAUGAUGUCGCAGGGUCAGGUGGUGGUCUAGGAGGGUCAUAUAUGACAGAAUGUAAUGCGACAUCACAGUGCACAGACAAGGAUACCAACACCUACUGUUACCGUGGAAGAUGUCAAUGUAAUUCUGGAUACACACCUGAGAGUAACAACCAGCCUCCCAUUUGUGUUCCAUAUUUUAAUGCAGAAUGCAAUGAAGAAAGUGACUGCAUCCCGCAGCUGACGGCCAUGUUGUGCGGGAAUGCUGGGAGAUGUGUGUGUCAGCAGGGAUUGAAGUAUGAUACAGGCAGUAAAAUGUGCAAAUAUGGUUAUGGCCAGACUUGCUCAUGGAAUGAAGACUGCAGUAACCAGAAUUUAGCAUGUAAGGACACAGAUCAAGAUGGAAAAGCAGACCAGUGUCAGUGUGCCCCUGGUUACUCCUAUUAUAACAACAAGUGUAUUCGAGUAUUGGGAGGAAACUGUAACACUCUAACGAUACUUAGAGAAAUUUGCCCUGGUGUAAUCAGUGGAGAAUGUUCUAGUACAGGAGAUGUAUCUUUAUGUCAGUGUCGUCAAGGUGAAGCUUUUGAUCCCGUCUCUGGCCGCUGUAUACAGCCAGCUGUAGGUCAGAAAUGUACUGGUAGCGGAGACUGUACGUCUGACAGCCACAGUGUCUGUGAUACUUCAGCACAGGUCUGUGUGUGUCAGCCAGGGUUCAUGAAGUCAGCCACCAGCCCCUUCAUCUGUAUUGCAGUGGUGAACUCCACUUGUUCUUCCACUUGUCCUACUGGUAGUAAUACAUUAUGUACAAGUGGGAGAUGUUUGUGUGAGCAGGGAUAUUUCCACAAUGAAACCACCCAUACUUGCCAAUUAGUGUAUGGAUAUCCAUGUAGAUAUAACACUGCAGUAUGUCAAAGAAGUGGAGACAGCAAUGCAUACUGCAGAUAUAAUUUUACUGCAAGAAACAGUUUUUGUGAUUGCGUAUCCUCCUAUUUCUACAAUAAUGUCACAAAUCUUUGUGACCCAGUUGUUGGAUCAAGCUGCAGUGAUGAUCAGCAGUGCAAAGAUCGCUAUCGGAAUAUUAACACAAUAUCCUGCCAAGAUAGCACCGGAGAUGGCACGGUGGAUACAUGUCUUUGCAAAGAAGGCUAUUUCAGAUAUUAUGAGACUAAUAGAUGUGAGAGAAUUAUGCCAAGAACUGCAUGCCGCGAUGGCUUCUUCAAAUACAGCAGAAGUAUGACUCCACAAAAGAGAAAAAAGAGGGUUGCUGAGGAUGUGGUGAAUAUAGGCAACAAUGACCAAGGCACUUGUAUAAUGGUGAAUUCCAAUCCCCUGAUCUGGCCGCAAGCAGUUCUAAAGUGCCGUGAACACUUCAGUAAUAUGCUGUCCCUGUCAGACCUGACAUGGCCAGACCCAUAUAUGUUUGCCAAUGUCCUGAUGGGGGUGAGGAAUGACAUAGAUGGCAUAAGAGAUAAAAGGUUCUGGACAGGCAUGCGCUUGACGUCAGAACCAACCAGGGAAAAAUUCAUCUGGGAAGGACAGUUCCCCCACCCUGUUAAUUACACUUAUCAUCGUAUAUGGCAAUGGGGACAGAACCAGCCGCUCCCUCUGCAUGGGCGGUGUGGAGUAGGGACGGUGCUGCAGUACGGUUUCCGGUUUCCUUUGAUCAACGUGACAACACAGAAGUGUGAUACAGAGCUACCGUCAGUGUGCGCUAAUACUGCAGUGCAGGCAGAGUUACUGGAAGGUUUCGGAUGCCCUGAUGGCUGGAAGGGCUCACACGUCCUGGAUAAAUGUUUCAAAUUCGUGGCCACGCCCAGCACCUAUAGGCGAGCCAGCCGGGAGUGUACCUCCAGUGGGGGAAGGUUGUAUAUUCCUACAUCCCAGUUUGAAAGGGAGUUUGUGUUUGCUGAAUUCAUGCUGAAAGAAGUGCAAUAUGCAAGAGUUGGGGUUCAGUGCGCCAAUUCCACGGGGUCCUGCAAUAUGGCCAAUGGACAGAGAAAAAAUAUUGCAGACCUUUUUGCCACUAUAGGAUUGUCAAGAAAUGAAGAUUAUUUCAACGAAGAAGAAUAUGUACUGCCCACUGUCUCGGAAAGGCCAGAUACGUUUUGCCUAGCUUUCAGGCAGUCAGUUUCCCUAGGAGAAGGUCCAUCUUCAAGUGUGUCCUACUAUGAAUCAGAGUGUGAAAAUCAGUUGCCAUACAUAUGUGAGAUGGACUCCCAAAUACCUGAAUCCAAAGUAUCCAUAUCACUUCCUGUUUACAACAAGACAAGCCAAACCCUAAGUUACAACCUCUACGGCUUUGACGAAGGAACUCCAGUGACGUUUAUCAAAGAUGGAUUGGUUAACCUGAACAAGAAGGUGGUUAUUGCCAAUUCUACAGUGGUUUAUCCUUUAGAAUUCUCACAGCAACAGCAACAAGAGAGCUCCUGGCCCUUGGCCAUUGGUGAUCACCAAGGAUAUUAUAGCAUUCGAGUUUGGGGAAAGAAGCCUUAUGCAGCAUAUAACUCCAGGAAAUAUCUGGUCAGAGAUGAAAACAUAUACACCAUAACGGGCACCCUGAAGGCCCUGAAACUAGGGGGUUCCCCAAGGCAGUACACGGAGCCCCUGUUAUUUGUGGCUGGAGAGUACAGUAACGCGGGGUCUGCCGUGGCACAGAUGUAUACCACCAUACAGAACAUAGGGCGGGGAGUGUCCACAGCCUGGAGACUGGCCGGAACCAGAUACCAGGCCAAUGUGGAUAUGAAGCUGACUGGACUAAGAGAAGAAGAAGAAGGGUACGUCAGCACAGGUGGUCUACUAGCAGACUUCAGGGCCUAUAUCACACUAAACAGAGCUUCUGAAUCAGCAGUCAGUGCUCUUCGUCAGGCAAGACAAGUUUCUCCAAUUACUGUGGAGAUAGAAGAUAAUAAGGUUGUGCAGAAGUUGGAAAGUGCACUUUCUGAUGUUGUAGAGCAGUAUGGGUUCAUUGGUUCCAGUGUUGUGCUACGAAGCACCAAAUCUUGCCCCAAAGAGGUAGUUCUCAUGCCCAGUGGAGUGCGCGUCACCUUCCCAGUCACAGAUAUUGGAGAGGUGGCAGUCAGCACGCAGAGAUGCUUGGAUGAAUCUGGCAUACCCCUUGGUACAAGACCUUGUCAAGGCAACUUCACCUAUGGUGCUGAUUGGGGAGUGGUCACCUUAAAUUGUCAGGUGAAAGUAUCCAGUCUCACGCCAAAACUAGGAUUACUGGCAAAUAUUAACACAACUGCAGACAAUGUAGUAGAAAUUGUCAGCAAUGCGGCCAAUCUUACCGAGGAAAAUGGAACUGAGCUCACGUCAACAGAUAUUAUCUACACCUCCCAAAUCAUAGAUGCUGUGUCUGAGGUGGAAAAUGUCACUGACGAGAUUGGUGUGGAUCUGUUGAGAACUGUGAAUAAUGUCCUCCGUUCUGGAAGAAGAAAUAUUGCAGUUGCCCAAAGAUUUGAUAACUCCUCAUCAAGGAUAACAGGCGCACUUGAAAGAUUUGCCAGAAAAUUUAAAUUGAGAGGCAGAAAGAAAAAGCGGUUUGUUCGCCCGAAUGUUGCCAUUGAAAUUUGGGAUGUCGAUCCCAAUGAUCCUGUGAUUGGUCUGCAAAGUAGGAUGGGGCAAGGGAACGGGGAACUUAACAACAACGAUCUCAGCACCAUAUAUGGAGCCAAUACCUCUGGUAUCGAUUACUCUGAGACAGAUGCUGCCAUUAUUUUGCCCAAAGAGAUAUUUGACAGAGACAGUAAAACCAGUCGGGUGACAUUCACUGUGUACCAGGAGUCCUCAUUCUUCCUGAGCCAGCAGGAACUGAAUAGUAGUGUUCAAUUUGACAGUAUUCACACCUCCAAUAGCAGGGUGGUGGCUGCUGCAGUGGGAGGGAAACAAAUUAAGGGACUCCAACAACCAGUAGUUACUGUGUAUAAGCCACUGAAGAAUUUCUCAGAUUCCUACCAGUUCAACAACACAGUGUGUGAGUUUUGGGACUUCUCACUAAAUGGUGGUUUUGGUGGGUGGUCAAGCGACGGGUGUACUUACCAAGGGAUGAAAAAUGGCCGCUAUGUGUGCCACUGUGACCACUUGACUAACUUUGCUGUGCUUGUGGACCUCUAUGGUCAAGAGAAUGGAAUCUCCCAGGAAAACAAGCUUGCCCUGAGUAUCAUCACCAUUAUUGGACUGUCACUCUCAAUAGCAGGACUCAGCAUGGUCAUAUUGACCUUUAUAUGCUUUAAGAAAUUACGUCAGGGACGAACACAGCAGACUUUGUUCAACCUGGCCCUUGCCAUCUUGUGUAGCAACAUCAUAUUUCUGGCAGGAAUUAAUCAGACCCAGUCUUAUGCAGGCUGUAUUGCUGUAGCAGUACUCCUCCAUUAUUUCAUCUUGGCAUCUUUUAUGUGGAUGUUGGUUGAGGCCAUUUUGCAAUACUUGGAUUUUGUCAAAGUUCUUGGAACAUACAUCUCUAAAUUUAUCCUUAAGGCAGCAAUUCCUGCAUGGCUGAUUCCUGCCAUAGCAUGUGCUGUUGUCCUGGGUAUUGAUGUGGAUCUGUAUAAAGGAGGGGAAGAAUACUGCUGGAUGAAGACUACAGCUUUCUAUUAUUCCUUCCUUAUCCCAGUUGGUACCAUCAUACUUGCCAAUACCAUUAUCUUUAUACUGGUGAUCAAAGGGCUGACCUGUGAUAGGCCCAAAAAUAUCCGCACCAACCAGUCCAAGCACAAAGUUGCCAUGGUCCAUCUGAGAGCUGGGAUAUGCUGCUUUGUUGUAUUAGGAUUGACUUGGGUUUUCGGUUUCUUUGCCAUCGCAGAUGCACGCCUAGUCUUCCAAUACCUCUUCUGCAUUUUCAACGCCAUUCAAGGCUUCCUCAUCUUUAUCUUCCACAAUAUCCGUGAGCCUCGCGUUCGUGAGGCCUGGCAACGCCUCUGCUGCAAGAAACAACACAGGAGAGAGAAAUACGAAAAAGCUAACAUGGUUUCUUCCAGUAAUAAUACCAACAGCAAUGGCGAUGGGAGCAGCACACCGAGAAGAUCCAGUAAUGCGAAUACAACCAGCACCGGCUAUACAACAGACAGCUCCGGGUAUACUGAGCUUCAAUACAAGAACCAUGCUUACAAUGGUGGAAACUAGGGCGAAGUCUAAUUUGUACAGGAUAUAUUACUCAGGGAUAUUUUUUCCACAGUGAUAUACGGCAAAUGUUGAUUUACUGAAAUAUAAAAUACCCACUUUUAUAUUUGGAGUGUUGCAUUGUGGGAUUACCAGUGACCUAUUUACCAUGAGAUGCUGGGGAAACGGUUUUUGUUUCAUUUGACCAGUGAACCAAAGGUUGAUUAAGUUUUUUUCUGGCCAGUUUGAAUUUAGUUCUCUUUUUUGUACCUACCUUAAUUUUAAAUUUGAAGAUCAUAAAGGUGAGAUUUUGUUAAGGGAAAAAAAGAUGCAGAGAAUUUAGAGUUUAAAUCCCUGGUUGGGGUUGGGAAUUGAUGUCAGUCAGUGUGGUGAUAUCUUUGCUUUAGGAAAUACCUAAAUAAACAUAUAUUUUGUUGUAUAUAUUUUAUAGCAUACGGAGAAAGAUCUUUGCUGUAUAACCUGUGAUAUUAAAAAAAGAAAUGCUGAAUAAAGAAUGCUGCAGAGUGUCAGAUGUGCUAGUCAGGGUAUAUUUUUCUCUUUAUGUAAAAUAAUACAGGCUUUAAUAUUUAUAUUAUAUAGUUAGGUUUAAUAUGCAAGGUAUCAUUAGAAUGUAAAAGGUGAAUAUGAUUUGCUUUGGCUAAAAAUGUUAAACCAUUUGGUCGAUGUUUCAUAUUUUUGUACAAAAAAUAGAAUUUUCUUAAUUAUUUAACAGUGAGCUCUAAUUAGUAUAACUUACACUAUUUGGAGUAUAUUGGACCUCUAAAUGUGUUUUACAUCAGUUCUGAUUGUAAUUGAACCAUAUGUGCACUGUCAGAUAAAGAGAGAGACUGGCCCCAAUUUUACGAAAACAAAAGCCAUGUAAGUCAGGUUCCCUGGCUAGAAACUUAAUUACCAAAGUUACAUAGUCACAUGUGCACAUCUUAUCCAAUCAUGAACAGUGUUACAGCACGCUCAUGGAAGUCCUAGUCACUAAGGCAGGAAAAUGACUUAAAAAAAAAAAAAUGGGGCCUGGUGAUGAAAAAAAAAUAGUCCUUCCAUUGUAACUGUGCAGUCACUUGUUUGGUUACAAUUAGGCAUUAUGAUGGGAUAGUGACAUAACUUAUUAUCAUAAAAGUGAACCAUUUGGUCAAGUUAUUAAUACAGGACGUAGUCUUACUUUAUUUUUUUAAUUGAUGUUAUAAGAAUACUCAUAUUGUGUAAAAACUAUUUGAACAAAAUAUACCUUUUAAAUACAUUGAUAUGUGCAACUUUUUACUAGCUUCAACCAAAACAUUUUGACUUUUUUUGUGGGGCAUUUUUGUAAAAAGAAGAAUUCUUUAAUAUACAGUUUCCAGUUAGAAUAUACUUUGAGGUGCUGGUAUAAUUGCAAUUUGAUAGAAAGCAUCUUCACAUAUAUACAAAAUAUGUACCUAUGCAUCAGCUACCUUCAGAUUUCUUUACUUCGUAUUUGCAUUUACGUGUAUGUGUUUAUUAUCAUAAUGUAUGCAUAUAGUUCAAACUCUAAUAGGAUAUUUUAUUUUGAUUUCUAUUACAUUUUAUUGUUGUGAAUCAUAUGCAAUUCUCAACAUAACCACCCAUGUUAUUUUAGUGGUAAAACUGACAUACAAACCUGUACUGAAAAGUAAAGAACAAGUAAAGCACAAUUUCUGUAAAAUGUUUUGACUUUUAAAAAACGGCAUGGAUGAACGAAGAUCUGGAACAAGCAGAUAUAUUUGUUUUCAGAGAUUUAGUUAUUUUUGUAACAAUUUUGUAUGACAAUAACGUUCAGUUUGGGUUGGGGAGGUGUUUUUGUAAGUCAAUUAUUAUUUUAUUUCGUAUUUUGAAUUUUUGGUAAGAGAUGGUGAAUUGAGUUUGACAGACAUGCUUCAUAUAAAUAAAGUUCAUGAAUAAAUUUGAAAAUAAAUGAUAUAUGCAGUUCA